AUGCAGGUGGAUGGUGAAACGCAAAAUGUGCAGAUCACAAGGGAAAUCGUGAGGGACGACAGCCGUGCCGCUAGCGCGCUGUACCAGCAGUUCGGAUCCCAGCCGGGCGUGGAAGCAAGGAUGCAGCUGCAGGAGAAGGCUGGCGGCCAGCCCUCUCCAUCCCCGCCCUUCGGUGCUUCCGGGUCCUUCGGCAGCUACUACGCUGCGCACGUCGCGACAGCGCUGGUCCCAGCGCAGCUGUCGAGGCUCUACCAGCAGUUCGGAGCCCAGCCGGGCCCGGAAGCAAGGACGCAGCUGCAGGCGAAGGCUGACGGCCAGCCCUCGCGAUCCCCGCCCUUCGGUGCUUCCGGGUCCUUCGGCGGCUACUACGCUGCGCACAUCGCGACAGCACUGGUCCCAGCGCAGCUGCCGAGGCUCUACCAGCAGUUCGGAGCCCAGCCGGGCCCGGAAGCAAGGACGCAGCUGCAGGCAAAGGCUGACGGCCAGCCCUCGCGAUCCCCGCCCUUCGGUGCUUCCGGGUCCUUCGGCAGCUACUACGCUGCGCACGUCGCGACAGCGCUGGUCCCAGCGCAGCUGCCGAGGCUCUACCAGCAGUUCGGAGCCCAGCCGGGCCCGGAAGCAAGGACGCAGCUGCAGGCAAAGGCCGGCAGUGGCGUUCAGUUGGAGCAGCUCAGCUGGGGGCUUUGCCUCGCUGACGGCCAGCCCUCGCGAUCCCCGCCCUUCGGUGCUUCCGGGUCCUUCGGCAGCUACUACGCUGCGCACGUCGCGACAGCGCUGGUCCCAGCGCAGCUGCCGAGGCUCUACCAGCAGUUCGGAGCCCAGCCGGGCCCGGAAGCAAGGACGCAGCUGCAGGCAAAGGCCGGCAGUGGCGUUCAGUUGGAGCAGCUCAGCUGGGGGCUUUGCAUCGCUGACGGCCAGCCCUCGCGAUCCCCGCCCUUCGGUGCUUCCGGGUCCUUCGGCAGCUACUACGCUGCGCACGUCGCGACAGCGCUGGUCCCAGCGCAGCUGCCGAGGCUCUACCAGCAGUUCGGAGCCCAGCCAGACGUGGAAGCAAGGACGCAGCUGCAGGAGAAGGCGCCGUGGCGGGAUCGCCUUUGUCUCGCCUGGCGUGGGCUCUGCUGCAGUGCUGGACGUCGGUGCGAGUGCAUCUAA